AUGGGGGUCGAGGGCUCAUCAAGUCAGAGCGAUGUGCCUCUGAAGACUAGUCUGCCACGAAAGAGCGCUUUCUCAUGUGAAGCGUGUCGCAAGCGCAAGGUCAAGUGUAACGGAUCUUCUCCGUCGUGUUCACGAUGCGCCGCCCGUGGGGAGGUCUGCGUCUACAGCUUGGCGCCGACCUUAUCUUACACCAAACAGCUUGAAACGAGGGUUACACAGUUGGAGGAGGCGUUGGCGAAGCUUCGGAAUCAGAGUGUCGAUGCGGACGCGAAGAAGGUGAGCUCGCCGGCUUCGGUGGCGGAAUCGAGCUCCAGCGCUGGCCGCAGGGUUAAGAUCGAGCAUGAUGAGACGGGCGAUCUUGCUAGAGAGUUCGAUGGGUUAAAUGUGGAAAAUGACGGUCGCAUCUCUUUUCAUGGACCGACCAGUCUGUUUCAGCUGCCCAGCGGGGCUGUAAGUGAGACGGCAUCGACUUUGCAUUUUGCGCAAGAGAUGGAAGCUCGCAAGGAACGCUUGGUCAAUAAUGCGUGGCGUGAGCGGGCGUUUGAGCAGAUGGCAACGAUGCCGGAACCAUUUCAAUACCUCAUCGACUCGCAUUGGUGCUGGAUCCAACCGUUGUUCAAUUUUGUCUAUCGCCCAGCAUUUACUCGUGAUAUGAAACUGAAUGGCCCUUAUUAUUCGGACGCCCUACUGAACGCGAUCCUAUCCCAUUCCGUACGAUGGUGCAAAGAAGAACCUCAGAUCGGUCCUCUUCUCGAUGCCUUCGAAGGUGGAGCACAAUUUUAUCAACGUGCACGACUCGGACUCUUCGAGACACUUCAGAUUGGCUACGCAGAGAUUCCCACCAUCCAAACACUCCUCCUUCUCAGUGCACAGGAAUGUGGCCGUGGAAAUCGAACACAAGCAUGGUUAUACAGUGGAAUGGCAUUCCGAUUGCUAGACGAUUUAGGAAUUUCCAUCGAUAGUCGCAAAUAUCCCGGAACAGCUCAGUUGUCGGAUGAGGAUAUUGAAAUCCGGAAUCGACUCUUUUGGAGCUGUUACUUCUGGGACAAGAUUGUAUCGCUGUAUUUCGGUCGGGCUCCAGUAAUGCAACAUUCGCGUGUUAGCCCCCCACGAAUGAUAUUGGACGACACUUCGGAGAUUGAAAUUUGGACACCUCAUGGCGUGACCUUCCCCGAUGGAGCACACUAUCCGCCGACGCAAGCGCAUUCCACCUCAUGCUUCAUGAGAAUGUGUGGACUCGCAGAAAUUUUGAACCAGAUCCUCGUCCAUAUCUAUGAUCCAAUGCGGCAAAGUACCGAGGCAGAAUUCUUUGAGUGUGUCCAAGAGCAAGCUAGAAAUCUCGGCGAGUGGUGGGACGAAUUACCAGACUACUUGAAGCUGGUGGCUACUGAUCUGCCCCCGUACUGCCCACCGAGUCACAUCAUGACAUUGAACUGCUUAUACCACACAAUCAAUAUUCUGCUCCACCGCCCAAUACUAUGUUCUCGCGCUCUGCUACAGACGCGCCAAGAACCAUACGACACAAGCCAUUUAGUUCAAUGCAUGGCUUCCGCAACGUCGAUUUUGUCUCUCUUCGAUCUAUACCGCAGAACAUUCGGAGACAGCCACGUCGUCCUCUCACUCUCCUACAGCAUUUACACUGCCGCUUCGAUUUUCCUUCUCGAGAUCCAGGCCUUGAAGUACGCCGCGCCAGGAACCCUCGACAAGCUCAAGUUCUGCAUCCUCGCUCUGGAGCGUGUCAAAGUCACCAACCCAGUCAUGGCAACCGCAUUAAGCCUUGUGUACCAAGAACUUCAAAAAUUGCAGAUCGAUAUCCACGCCCCACCGAAUCCCGAAAAGCCACACCAUCCACCACCCCAACCGCGACCCCACUCAACAACCCACAGCCAAUCUCCAUCCGUCAGCAGUAACCCCUCCCGUCACGUCUCCCCAAGCCACCCGCAGCACCAUCAACGCCAACAAAGUAGAGCAAUAGGUACACCCGGUACCCCAGCUCCGAACACAACCGCGCCAAUGAUGUCAAGCUACGCUUUCCAACAACCCGUCUCGGGCUUUGAUCUCUCACAGAUGGGUGAAAUGCCACAAAUGCCCUCCACACAUUUACUAGGAGGCAUGCCGAACGCAGUCAUGACUGUCGAUGACCCGCGAUCAUACGAAAUCACACCCGAAGUGUUCGAGGCAUUCUCGUAUGCGCAGCCCAUCACAACUAAUAUGACUUCUCCCUUUGAAACAAACUGGCAUAACCAAAGUCAGUGA